UUGCUCCCUGCGUUGUAGCGAGAGGCAGCUGGAGAGAGGUGGGCGAGGGCGCGUCAGACAUGUUGCAAGAGUAAUCGAUACUGUUGUGCAUGUUUCCUUGAUGUUGGGUUUACUCGUUCAAGCUGUUACUGAAAUUCCUCGUGUCGCCGGGGUCAUGUGAAGCUGCCAUGGUCUUCUGUGGCUGCCUCCUGAUUCCGAACACCCGCACCUCGAAUCAUGACCUUCAUGCUGAAGAAGAAAAAGUACAAGUUUCAGGUUGACAUUCGCAUUGAAGAGCUGACUGCUGUGCCAUUCGUCAAUGCGAUCCUUUUCGCCAAGAUCCGUCUCCUCGAUGGGGGAAACUUCUCGGAGACGUCGUCGAGGGAGGAGGUUUGCAACCACUGCGUGAAAUGGGACUCCAAGUUCGUCUUCACAUGCAAGAUGAGUGCCAACGCCAACACUGGGGAGUUGGACCCCUGUAUCUGCCGAAUUUCCAUCAGGAAAGAGGUCAAGGGAGGCAGGUCCUUCCAGAAGCUGGGCUUUGCAGACCUCAACCUGGUAGAGUUUGCCGGUGCAGGUCUCUGCUCACGGCGGUACUUGCUCGAGGGUUACGAUGCCAAGCACCGUCAAGACAACUCCAUCCUGCAGUUGUCACUCAGCAUGACACUUCUCUCUGGAGAUCCCUGCUUCAAGGCUCCCACACUGCUGCCGUGCCCUGCACCCAGUGAGCAGCAGCCCAGUGAGCUGCACGUAGCGGCCCCCAAGGUGGAUGACCACAGUGGCAGCAGCAUUGCAAGCAGCAGCAGUGGCUUUGGCAGCCUGCCUCGUAAGCAGCGACCUACCAUUGGCAGCACAUCUGCAGAUGGGGGAAAUGGUGGCGUGGGGUGCCCAGAGCCAGGCGAGCCCAGGCGGGAGGAGGACUUUGAACAGUGCCACUCACGCAAUUCAAGCUAUCACAGCCAACACUCUCGUGGCUCUGGUUAUGGCAGUCUCCAGUCACACUCACGACAAGGUAGCUCCGAGUCUGGACAUGUCAGGAACCUAAGCUCUGGUUCGAGCUAUAGCGACACAUUCCCAGGAUCCCUGAAACCUCCAGAUCGGAAGCGCCCCAUCAGCAAGGUACAGAACUUGCUUUAUAAACAGAUCACUGAGGAACACCGCAUGGACUCGACACGUGUCAAUGCUGACCAGCUCAUUGAGGAUCUCAUCCGCGACACAAACCUCGAGGCAGAGCCUGCCGAGGGACAAGGGCUGCAGCUCUUCAUAGGAAAGGAUGGAGUACCGGCUCUCAAGACUGGCACUUCGAGCAGCCUCAAAACCACCACCUCAUGUGAUUGAGCUCUCUCUUUGUGCAGCAGCCUUCUCUGCCCUGUGUGAGCUGUACGUCUUUCAAUGUCUUCAUUCUUACUCGCUCUCUUGGCCCCUUCCUUUUUCCCGCCCCUUCAUACCUGUGAAACCUGCUUUGCUUUAUCUCUACUUGCGAAUGUGCUUCCAACAUUUCCUCACCUUUAGUUGCAGAAGCUGCCUUGGUUUCCUUCUUUUUCUGUGUACUUAUUUGCUGAAUUUGUUUCUCUUCCAAGCACUGUUGGCUUGUUGUGCUCACAACCACCAUUGUGACUAGUUUAGUUUCAGUUACUUCCAGUCUGGCAGGAGAUUAAAACUGAAAUAUAGUUUGAAGAAGCGUGACAGGCCACUGCUAAUGGAGCAGCAUUGCCAGGACUGCUUAUGGUUACUUUCAUUAUGCAUAUAGCCAGGACACAGCAUAGGCUGUUGCUCUUAGAAGUGCCCUUCUUCAUUAGCGACCCUCUUGCAUUGUCCCCCUUCUGUUUUACUAUUUACAGUGGGUUGUCUUGUUCUCUAGAACACUUCUUGGGAUUUGAUUUUUUUUUUCCCCCUAUGAAAUCCUAUUCACCGAGAGCCUUUUUACUUCACAACUGCAGACACAGCUGGCACAGCCGAGCUUUAUACCAUGUCAUGGCAGGGUGUAACAGAAAAAGUAACACAUUAACUUUUAGGCCAUACAGAGAACUUGAAAUUAAAAAAAAAAAUUCUGGUUUGUUUAAUUGGCCAGAAGUGGUCCCAAACCUUGUACUGCAAGAAAAAAAAAAUUAAGCCUGGCUUUUAAACGUCAAGAUAACGUAUUCUGUAGGGGCUCUUGAGUGCAUGAAUAAAUCCUAGCAAAAUUAUUUUGAUUGGUAGCUGAUCACAGGCAGCCAAAUGGAGCAACCUGCUCUGUUUUCACUCCUAACAAUCUUUGCAUACACAAGUGCUUGUGCCAAUGCACAGUACCUCUACCUAAUAUUCGUUCAUCUUUAUAACUACAGCAGGUGAUAAGAAUUAGCUAAAAUUGCAGCAGGGUUUAAGAAUGUCAGCGCUAUAGUUAAGUUUAAUAUUGUUUUCUUUUGUACAUUAAUUGGGUCACCAAACCUGCUAACAGAAGCUUUGGAAAAGAAAUGAUUGCAUCUUAGUGUUGUGCCGAACUUAAUUCAGUGACAUAGGUUGUCGAUUUUUCCUUUUUCUUCCUCCCUUCCUCUUGCACUUUUUUCCUGAGGACUUGUGUGUAUAAAGUUGAAAGGCACUGAAGCCUUUUAUACAGAUUUGCAAUUUUCCUGCUGUUACACUUAAGCAAACAAGAUGAAGUGUGGAUACACAUCUCAGGAUACCCUCGAGGCCUCUGUAUGCAGACUAAGAUAUUUGACAUUUUUCUUGCCCGAUAGAAGGAAGCAGGUAGCACCUUCUCAUUCUGUGCUCAUUUAAGCAGUGCAAAUAUAGGCUGUUGAGUUUGCAAGUCAUAUACACUGUCCUGAUUGCAUGGCUACACACUGUUGCUGGAAAUAUGUAAAUUUUUUCCCCUCAUGCUGGCAUCCCCUUUCUUUAUUUCCAAGUUUUCUGUAAUUCUUUCUGCUUUCUAUGUGAAUUCAGCUUCUGAAAGCAAGAUACUGUUUUGUAGUGACUUCUAAGUGGUGUUUAACAAUUCAGAAAAAAGUUGGAGAUAAUGUUUUAUGACUGCUUAGGCCAUACUCCUUGUUUUCUAUGUGGCACUUUCUGUUGGUUUCUUUUUUAUUAAUAAUAAUAUUAUUAUUAUUUACUUUAUGUCUAAGAAUGUCUUGUCACUGAUGUUUAUUCCAAGUCCUUGCAAAGACAGGUGGUAAAAAGUAGCUAUGGUGUUAAAGAGUCUGUCUCACAGAUUAGGUGCAGUAACUCUGAAUUAUGGUUUCCCAAUUCUAACUAUUCCUUACAUUGCACCCUAUAUUCCACCUCCUGAAUGUUCAUUUAGUCUGUGCUUAAAGCCGAAAAUUCUUUUCUGGUCCAUCAUUUUGCCUGCUUUUUUUAAAUUUAAGGAUGUGGGGCCUUUGAGAAAAUUUCACAUAAUGGCUAGAAUGACAGUAAGCUCGCAUGCUUCUGCACACUUCGAAAUGUGCAAGAAAGCAAGUGUGCAGAUUUUGUCGUUUCCACAUGCUUUUCUACCCAGCCAUCGUUUUUAUUCUCUACUGUUUGUUUCUUUGUUUUUGUUGGGGGUUACUGCAUUUUGUGCAGAUAUAAGGAUUUGAGUGUAUAUUAUGCCCCAACUUGCAUGGUACACAGCACUAGUAUAAGGCAGUGAAAAAACAAUAUGGAAUGAAAGUUUUUGAAUGCAUGGACCAAGUGUUAUCAGAAUGAAUGAUUGUAUUUCGUGCAUAUAUGAAUGUGUGCAUGUGUAAAAUUUCACUGAAUGUGUGCGUAUUGUCAAUACCUGUCUCGGUGUUCCGUGUGUUCUGUUCUUGUUGUCAGAAUGCAUCAUGCCUCCAUUUGCUAAUACCUGCUUAUCUUCAGGAACUGCGUUGUGCUAUGUUUCACUGCUUAGCUCCCGCUUUUGCAUGGCUGUGAACAUGUCCUCCAUAGAAUGAAUGUGCUUUCUCCUUAUUUUUAGCAACUGCUUUCCUUUCUUCUUCUCCAUCACCUUUGCUUUGCUCACUUGUUGAGACCAAAUGUGUGCCUUCAAGUUGCUUUAUAUGAAUGCUCUAGAAUGGUUGUUCUUGAAUGGAAGGGCAUGCUGAGCCGUCCUCUCGCAUCUGCCCAGUGAGCUCUCACGGUAGCUUUUCUUUUCUUUUCUUUUCUUUUUUUUGUGAAGAAGCUUUCUUUUUUUUCUCGAUGCACUUCUCUCUAAAGAAAAGGACAUAUUUAUGAGUUUGUAUUGUGUAGUGUGUAUUUAUAGGAUUUCUAGCAGCUUAGAUGUUGAAUAUUGUGCUUUAGACAUCGGUUUACAUUGGCAUGUGAGUGAGAACUGGCUUCUUCAAAGGGGUAUAACUAGAGCACAUUACUUCUUUACCACUGCUGACUAACAUGCUGAUAAAAAUAAAAGCUCAGGGAAAUUUCAGACUUGAAAGCAGUAAUCUCGAUACUUGAGAAUCAAGAAAGAGGUAAAGUUACUGCAAUCAUAAAUUUGAGACAACUCUUGGAUUAUGCUUAAAGACAAAGAUUUUCUUUUUGCUAUAAGAGUUGCAAAAUGGAGUUAACGAGACGUGGUGUCCUCUCUUUUUUUAAUGUCUCCCCUCCUCCCAUUUUAUAUUGGAGAUUGUGAGACUGUAUGUGUUUAUUGCUCUAUUCUUUGUCUUAGAGCAGUCGGAAGCAUGACAAGCACCCAUUUGAUGGAGUAUCAAGUAAUAUGUGCUAAUGCACAUUCUUUGUUUUAUUGCUGCAGACAUUCUAAAUUCUCAUUAUUACUGCUGAGCUAGCCACAGUUCAAAAUGGGUCUCACUUUACAUUAGGUUUCCCACAACCAGCACAAUUCUCAGCACACAGUAGCAUAACCUGCUUUCAAGUGAUAUGCCAUUUCUUUAACCAUGUCUGGAGCAAGUAGUUCCUUCUUUUCUUUUGUGUGCAUGUGUGUAUUUUUGGUCAAGAGCAACAAGUGCGUUCUCUUGAAAGAAGUGGAAUGUGUGUGCCAUGAGUGGCGCUGAAGUAUAAUUUAUGCUUCCGUUUUUAAUGUGGUGUGUGUCCAUUGCAGAAUGGAGAAUGCCUGCUUUCUCCUUCUUGGUUGUUGGGUUCCAGUGCAUGGACUGAGCGGUAGAAAUGCAAGGGAAAUGUGGCCGUGACUGCACGAAGAACCUUCUUUUUGUUUGCUUGUGUUGAGAAAGAUAAAUUGUUAUUGCAUGGCAUCCAAAGUACUCCAGUGCAUUCGAUUUACAGCCAUGUAUAUGAAAAAGCACAAUGCCACGUGUAUCGUUUUUUAUUUGCAUAAUCUUGUAGAGUUAUUCGCCUUUAACUGAAAAAUUGUUGGCAAGCUGACAAGCUGAACAUAAAAUUAUUGGCCUGAUGCACAGUGCAUUUCCUGGGAUUUCUACCUCUCAUUAGCAACUGCCCUUCCCAUUGAACAGAGAGCAUCCCUUGAAUGAUUUCAUAUGUGUGCAGAACUUGGGAGAAACUUCCUGAAGGAUGUAAUAAUUGUGCUAAAAUGGAAGCAUAGAGCCGGCCUUUUGCUUCCAUUUUGCCUUCCCCUUUCUUCCUGGCACCUUCCACUGGAAUGCAUGUGACCUUGCUGUGGCACGAGUGUUGUGUGUGGACCACACAUUUGUCAGAUAGACACACACUAUGCUCAGCUCCUUACUUGUUAGUCAAUGCCAUUAAAUACUGCAGUGAAUUAAUUUGUCUUGUAGGGCAUGUAGCCAGCUUUGUAGCAUUGGUGUUCUUUCAACAGAGUUGUGAGUUUGCACAUACCAGUGGCUUAUUCUGGGGCCACUGGCUGCAGCUUCGGAGUGGCGCAGCAAAACCACCAUUCAGAUGCUGUCUGGUGCUAAUUACAUCGCAUGAGCAGCCAGCAUCACAGAAUGAUGCAGGCAAACUGGCACUAGUGACAGUAAGAUGUUUAGUUGUGAUGUUCUCAUAAAAUGAACACAAAUCAAACAAAGGCUAACUGAUGUGCUGAAGCGAAUUCAAUGAACCUUCCCAGAUUUAGCCAGUUGUGUCCCUGCUUUGUUCUUCCACAUUAAUAUCUUACUUGGCAACAGUGAAAUUUUACUUUUCACACUUCAGAAUUCAUUCUCUUUUUUUUUAAGCUGAUUUACAUGCUUUUAGGCACUUAGUGGCGCAACACUUCAUCAUGGCACCUUCAUUGUUGGUCUUAAACUGAUUUCGUAAUAACCUUCCUGCAACAUCACUAAAAUUUGAGUGUGGCACACUUAAUUGCAUGUGUGCACUGAGUGAGUAGUUUGACUUCAUGUGCUUGGUCACCAACUUACUAGGUGCCAUCAGUUCAGAAAGCCUGCUGUGCUACUCCGAAGGCGGUCAGUAGUCAUUGUGUUAUGCGAACAACCAGCUUAAGAACCUGCAGUUUCUAGUCAUUCCCAUUGCACCUGUGUUGAAGUGUGGUUUGGAAAAGCAUAAAUGCUCUCUCUCUCUCUCUCUCUCUCUCUCUCUCUCUCUCUCUCUCUCUCUCUCUCUCAUUUCUUAUCAGCUGUAACUUGAAAAAAAAAAUAAGUUGAAGUAGACUGACCAGAUAGUAAUGCAUUCUUGCGCAAAGUUCUCAUCCAUGCCACAUGUUUCUUCACUUAGCAAAAUAAUUGCAGUGUUUUUGAAAGUUUAGCAAAUGAUUCUUGUAACUGUUUUGUAAAUUUUAUGCAACUUGCAUGAAAAUUCUAUACCAAGUAGGCCAUUUGUCUCCUCAUUAAUGUUCCAAUGAAGUUGUGUGUUUGCAGUGAAAAAAAAAACAAAAAAAGAUGCUUAUGUGAGGGCUUGCUUUAGUUAUUUAACCAUUUCUAAAUGCCACUAAUGUUGCAGAAACUCAAGAAAUCAACUGCCAAGGUGUCUGAAAUAUCAGCAUUCUUUUAACAGCAGCCAAAAUAACCAAGAUUUUUGUUAUCCCCUUCUUUAAGAACUCGGUAAUGUUAUAGUAAAUGCCAUAAUUUCCCCAAUCCUUCUUUAAAAUAGGUUUGUUACUACCUGUUACGUACGCUAGCAUUUUCAGCUAAUCCAUAAUUAUCCGUGCAGUCAUUGUUCACCUGUAAUAUAAGAUUUUUUAUUUUGUUGCAGCAGGUGUAAUGUCCGCUGCUUUUUUUUUUCUCUCUAGGCAGUGUGGGGCAGAUACUUAGCCACUAGCAAUGAAUCAUAAUGAAAAGUUUUCUGUUUCUGCACAUCAUGGUCAUUGUAAGAUUUGCAAUCAAGGAAAGGUUAAGGUGCAUUUUAUCCCCAUUGAAAAGUGAAGAUUGUUGUAGUACAAAAGACAUUUGGGCAAAUGGACGUAUUCGUGAGCAGAGCACAAGUGGAAUAAUUUGACAUUUUUGGAUUUUUGCUCUUUUCCCUGCCCCCAAGUUUUUGCCACUUUGUUUUCAUGUUUUUCAUGAAUGUGCAUGCCAAAUAAAUUGACAGUAAUCUGU